CUGGUCCUGUGAGCGUUCGGAGACUGCGGGCGCGCAGACCUGUACUGGGCCCGCGCCCCGGCCCCUUACAGAGCUGGGUGUGUCCCUCCGAGUGCCCCCCGCUAGGGACUGUGCAGGCCGGAGCUAGGCAGGGACAGCGGGGCGAACCGGGCUGAUAGAGUCGGUGCCUGCUCCUGUGAGGCUCUCACCGAAUCCCUGCUGUCUCCGGGCAGCUGAAGAGCGGUGGGCCCUCGCGUCGCGGGCGUGGCUGUGGCCGUGUCUCCUGGUAGUCUGAGCCCACUCUGCGUGUGGAUCCACGUGGGAGCUGGGUUCCAGAGCCUGGUCCUGAGGAGGAGCCGAGCCGGGGGUAGGAGGCCGGACUUGGCGAGGGAAGAGCACGACCCCGGGCAGCAGUGCGCCGCGCUGGGCGCACCGGGGUUUGCCGGCCCUGCUCUGGGCCCUGCAGGUCCGCUGGCCCCGCCGCGCCUAGUGGGGAUGCCCCGUGUCCCCCAGGCAGCCCCAGCCUGCGUCCCGCUCCCUGAACCCUCGGGAGGACCACAGGGCUGUGGCCGAAAGACAGAGAUUUGGACCUAGUGAAAGGACGCCGCUCCUUAGCCCCAGCUAUGGACUCCACAGCAUCAGGUUUGGCUCUGGAGCGUGCGGAGGGCCAGGAGCCCUCUUGGGGAGCUAGUACCGGGCCCGAUAUCAGGAGGACCCCAGGAAGAGGCCGGGGAAUCCCACUGAAGGCUUCCCCUUCUCAGAAUCCUGCUCUUCCUCCAGAGAGAUUCCCAGGAGAAGAGGGAACAACCAAUUCAUUCCUGAAAGCCAGGCCUCGGGACCUGAUGACAUUUGAAGAUGUGGCUGUGGAAUUCAGCCAGUGGGAGUGGGGGCAGCUGAACCCUGCUCAGAAGGACCUCUACAGGGAGGUGAUGCUGGAGAACUUCAGGAACUUGGCCAUUCUGGGCCUUCUAGUAUCCAAACCAUAUGUCAUCUGCCAGUUGGAGGAAGGGGGUGAGCCCUUCAUGGUGGAGAGAGAAAUCUCAACAGGAGCCCACUCGGACUGGGAGAGAAGGUCUAAAUCCAAGGAAUCAAUGCCAAGUUGGGGAAUUUCCAAAGAAGAAUUAUUCCAGGUAGUAUCAGUGGAAAAACACAUUCAAGAUGUGCUGCAGUUCUCCAAGUUGAAAGCAGCCUGCAGUUGUGAUGGCCAGUUAGAGAUGCAGCAGAUAAAACAGGAGAGACACCUGAAACAAAUGUCAACCACUCACAAAUCUGCCACCACCCUUAGCAGAGAUUAUAAAUGGAAUGGAUUUGGGAGAAGCUUAGGUUUAAGAUCAGUCCUUGUUAACCAACACAGCAUUCUCAUGGGAGAAGGAUCUUAUAAAUGUGAUACAGAAUUCAGGCAGACUUUAGGGGGAAACAACUCUCAGAGAACCCACCCAGAAAAGAAAUCUUGUAAAUGUAAUGAAUGUGGGAAGUCCUUUCACUUCCAGUCAGAACUUAGGCGCCAUCAGCGAUGUCACACUGGAGAAAAGCCGUAUGAAUGCAGUGACUGUGAAAGAGCCUUUGGUCAUAUUUCAUCCCUUAUUAAACAUCAAAGAACUCAUACUGGAGAAAAGCCCUAUGAAUGCAGUGAAUGUGGGAGAGCCUUCAGCCAGAGUUCGUCUCUUGUUCUGCACUAUAGAUUUCACACUGGAGAGAAACCCUACAAAUGUAAUGAAUGUGGACGAGCCUUUGGUCACACUUCAUCCCUUAUUAAGCAUCAGAGGACUCAUACUGGAGAAAAGCCCUAUGAAUGCCGGGAAUGUGGGAGAACCUUCAGCCAGAGCUCAUCACUCAUUGUGCAUUACAGAUUUCAUACUGGAGAGAAACCUUACAAAUGUAAUAAAUGUGGGAGAGCCUUCAGCCAGAGUUCAUCUCUCACUCAACAUUACAGAUUUCACACUGGAGAGAAACCCUACAAAUGUAAUGAGUGUGGAAGGGCCUUUGCUCAUACUGCAUCCCUUAUUAAACAUCAGAGAAGUCAUGCUGGAAAAAAAACCCUAUAAAUUCAGUGAAUAUAGAAGGGCUUUCAGCUGGAGUGCAGACAUCACCGGAACUUAAAGAAUUAAUAUCAGAGAGAGAUCCUAAAGGUGUAAUGUAUGUGGGAAGACCACAUCUUGUUCCACAUCAGGCAAUAAUUACUAAAGAGAAUCCCUAUCAAUGUCAAGAGGGGGUGGGCUUCCCCUCUCUUACCAAACAUGGGAGAAUCCAUACUAGUGAGAAACCACGUGAAUGUAAUGAAUGUGGGAAGGCUUUGAUCAGAGGAUGCACAUUAUUCAGCAUCAGACAGCCGACACUGGGGAGGAGCCUUAUCAAUGCAGUGAGUGUGGCAAGCCUUCAGUUACAUACUGAUUCUUUAAGAAAAUCAGAUAACUUGUACUGGAGAGAAAUUCUACAAGUGUGGUAAGUAUGGAAAAAUCUUCAGUUGUAUCUCUUCCUUUACUAAGCAUCAAGAACACAUACUAGAGAGAGGCCCUAUGAAAGCAGGAAAUAGAGGAAGGCCUUCAGUCAGGGCUCAUCCCUUAUUAAGCAUCAGAAAAUUCAUACCUGAGAAAAACCUGUGAAUGUGGGUAAUGUGGGAGAGCCUUCAGCCAAACCUCAUUGCUUUAUAAACCCCUUAGAACUCUCCCUACUAGCUGGAAACUCUGGUGACGUGAUGAGUGUGGGAAGGGCUUUGGUGGAUGUUCCACCAAAACACGUUAGAGAAUUUGUACAUUAGAGAAUUUGUGCUAGAGCAACUCUUCAAAUUUAGUGAAACUGGGAAAACCCUUUAGUAGAGUUCAAGCUUCAGUAUUCAUCUCAAAGAGAAACCUUGGGAACAUGAUGAAUGUGAGGAAAGUUCCUUUCCAACUUGAGAUGUAUAAAACUAGAGCUGAAAAGAAGCUGAGAAAUCACCUUGUCUGGUGAUUUUCUGCCUGGUGGGGCCAUUUGUAUAACCACACUUGUGCAUUGCCUCCUCAUGCUGUUACUGACGGGGCAGGGUGUCAUGCAUGGGUGCAGAGGAUGGAGGCUGAGAAAGGUAGAGAGCUACCCAUGAUCUAGCCCAGUCGUAUUUUAGAGCUAAUAAAACUGAUGUUCAGAAAGUGACAUGCCUUGGCCUAUAGUCCUAACUGGGCUGGGCCUCUUUCCUGUGGUUCACAGCUGUAGUAUGGAGAUUAAUAGACUGGAUCUUUGCAGUACAACACCUCCAUGCACUUCUUUCUCUGUAGCACAUGUUACCUUUCUUUGUGAGGCAAUGGAGUGGUCUAGGAUUGAGCAAAAAGCAAUUUUUGUUACAUCUUUAUGCUAAUAGAUUUGGAAUUUUUGAAAUGAAAUGAAACCUUGUUUAAACAUUAAAAUUACUAAAAUAGGCUGGGCGCGGUGGCUCACGCCUGUAAUCUCAGCACUUUGGGAGGCCGAGGUGGACAGAUCACGAGGUCAGGAGUUCGAGACCAUCCUGGCUAACACAGUGAAACCCUGUCUCUCCUAAAAAUACAAAAAAAUUAGCCAGGCAUGGUGGCGGGCGCCUGUAGUCCCAGCUACUGGGAAGGCUGAGGCAGGAGAAUGGCGUGAAUCGGAGAGGCGGAGCUUGCAGUCAGCCGAGAUCACGCCACUGCACUCCAGCCUGGGAGACAGAGUGAGACUCCGUCUCAGAAAAAAAAAAGAAAAAAAAAAACCAACUAAAAUAUGGGUAUUAUGCACAAUCCAGAUCUCAAAAACGUGAUUCUAAGUGAAAGAAGGCAGAUGCCAGAGACCAGGUAUUUUCUAGUACCAUUUUAGGAAAUGUCCAGAAAUGGCAGAUCUUCAGAAACAAAGUAACUACAAAUGUUACAAGGAAUCUUUUUAGGGUGACGAAAAUGUUCUAAAACUAGAUGGUGGUGAUGGUUGAACAAUUUGGUAACUUCACUAAAAAUCAUUGAAUUGUUCACUUUAUAUGGGCAGAUUUUAUGGUAAAUAUACCUCAAUAAAAUCAUUUUUCAAAAUCAAAUUUACACAUAUACCAACCAUUGCUAAACAAGUAUUCCUGUUUUGUUUGUUACUUCAAGCCAUCUGUGCAUUUUUGGUAUCACUUUUUAUUUUCUGUAACAGUUACCCCUACAUUUACUGGGUCUCAGAACCUUGUCAGGCUCUUCUUUAAAGUUCCUACCAUGUUGGCUCUGUAACUCAGGUGGAGAAGCUUAGACCAGGAGCUGGCGUAGACCAAAGGAUACUUGCCUAAUAAGGAUUAGCUUAUACUGAGGAAAAUACUUUAAGUAUUUAAAGUCCAGAUGAGGAAGUUGAGCCCAGAAUUCCGGGAACCAGCUCAAAGUGGGCCCAUGCAGACAGGCUGGGUCUAAGAGUCCACAAGGUUGGCCAGGGCAGGUAGGAUGCACAGGAGGCAUCUGGAUCUGGAAGUACUUGGACAGCUGAGGUCAAGAUGCAAGUCUUGGAGCCUAAAAAUCACACAGAAAUUUAUUCCUGGACAGCCAAGGUUUACAGGAGCAGAAAUAGCAAAUAUUUUCAUGCUCCAUCUCUCCCUUUUUUCCCAGUGCUCUGUUCUGUACCUACCCAGAUCACUUUAUACCUAGACAUCUGUCACAAUUUUGUAACUGGUCGUCGUCCAAAAUCUGUCUCCUCUUCUCAUGUAUCCUUGCCAUGUUAACCAUACUUACCAGUUCGAACCCAGUGUCCUGCCCUCCAAAAAUCCUUUCAACUGCCUACAAGAUAAAUCCUCACCCCCGUGUGUGGUAUAUAAUGCCCUCUUUAGGCUGCUCCAACCUCCUGCUGCUCCUGACAGAAGCCUCCAUUGCACACAAAUGCUCUCUUGUCAUCCCUCAGACAUGCCUUUCCACAUCUCAGCCUGCAAACCUUUACCUUAGCCGUUCUAUCAGCCGGGGGCACCUUCUCUACCUACCUAAAGCCUACAUAAUCAGUCAGAAACCUGUGUAAAUUUCCCUUCCUUGGAGAGGUGUUCUCUUGAAAACUGAUAUGAAGUCAUAUCUUAACCAUUUGUAAUCAUAAACAUAUUUGUGUAAGUUUUUAAAAAUGGACAAUAUCUAGACUUGUGGUAAAUCUUAUCACUGUCUUGAUCUAUUUAAAUAAUUUUUUAUCACUUUACCACUUUCUUGUUUCCUAAACCAGAUGACAACGGAAAAAGUCAAAUGGUAAAAUAUUUUAAGAGAUUUAUUCUGAGAUAAAUAUGAGUGACCUGUAGGCACAGUUGACCAGCAUUUGCCUUAAAACAGAGACCUUAAGACUAACAAAAACAGACUCUUUGUAGCAAUAACAACAUGACAGUAAGUCCUGAGAGAAAUCAAAGUGUUUUACGCCAAAAUAGAUUUAAGUCUGAUAAGAAACAAGUCUGACACAGCCCCAGGAGAUCCUGAGAACAUGUGCCCAAGGUGGCUCUUGUCAGGAGCAGCAGCAGGUUGGGGCAGCCUAAAGAGGACAUUAUAUACCAAACACAGGAGUGAGGAUUUAUCUUGUAGGAAGUGCAAAGGAUUUUUGGAGGGCAGGACACUGGGUUCAAACUGACGAGUAUGGUUAACAUGGCAAAGGUACAUGAGAGGAAGAGACAAUUGUGCUGUCAGGCUACAGCUUGGUUUCAUGCAUUUUUACAUUUUAGGGGAAUGUAAGACAUCAAUACAUGUAAGAUUUACAUUGGUUCGAUAGAGAAAGGCAGGACAACUUGAAGCUGGUGGAGAAGGGACAGAGACGGAGGGAGGGCCUUCCAGGUUAUAGGUGGAUUCAAAGAUUUUCUGAUUGGCAGUGGGUUUAUCCAAAGACCUGGAAUCAAUAGAAGGGAAUGUCUGGGUUAAGAUAAGGUGUUGUGGAGACCAAGGUUCUUACUGUGAGAUGAAGCCAGAAGGUAGCAGGCUUCAGAGAGAAUAGAUUGUAAAUGUUUCUUAUCAGACUUAAGAGAAAUUUAUUUUAGGAUAAAAUACUUAGAUUUCUCUCAGGGCCUGUUAUCUGUCAUGUUAUCUUAUUGCUACAAAGAGCCUGUUUUUGUCAGUCUUAAGGUCUCUGUUUUAAUGUUAAUGCUGGUCCACUGUGCCUGAAUUCCAAAGAGAGGAAGGUAUAAUGAGGUAUGUCUGACCACCCAUUCCCAUCAUGGCCUGAGCUAGUGUUUCAGGUUUACGUUAGAAUGCUCUUGGCCAAGUGGAAGGGUCGAUUCAGUUGGUUGUGUGCUUAGAAUUUUAUUUUUGACUUGCAUAGACUAUCAGCUGCUUCAUGUCACAUCUCAUGCUUCUCUUGUGUUGCCCAGUUUUCUCAGUGCUUCCGACUGCAUGUUUUUGUACUAUAUGAAAAGCCUUCUUUUUAGAAGACUACCAAUUAAAUAUUUCUUUAGAAAAAUUUAA